AUGCGCGAAGUCGUAAGAAGCGACCCUGAGCAUCAAAGCCGCUCAGCUUGGGAACGACUGGCCGAGGCAGUGGAAAGACACCCUGACUAUUUGGCACUAAUCUGCGCGCACCAACGAGCUGGUCUCUAUGGGCUUGGAGACAAGAAAGAAUAUGGUCAAUGGAGUUAUGGGGAGUUGUAUGAAGGGAUCAUCCGCCUUUCUGCCUCGUUGGAGUUGCUGGGUCUAUCGAGUGAUUGUCUGCUUUUUGUGAUCCUCGGUAACAGUUUGGAGCAUGUCCUCACUACCUGGGCUGGAUACAGACUCAGCUGCAUCCAUGUCUCCGUUCAUCCCAAUACGUUGUCCAACUCGGUGGAAGCCCGCCAUGUCGUCCAAACCGUUCUCGAUAACCGCCCCAGCCCAAAGGCCGCCGUCUUUGUUCAAGAUAGAGCCGCGGCCGAACAUUUUGAUCAGCUAUUUCCCCAGCUAGAUGUGAUCAAGAUUGUCAUCGGACAUGGCCAGCCGGUUUCUUCUCCAUGGACAAGUUUCGACCAGCUCAUGCAAUCUAGAAAAACUUCAUCGGGCCCAUCAACAUUACCCCCGUCACGCGAAACAUCCAUCUUUUUCUCUAGCGGAACGACAUCGCUGCCCAAACCAUGCAAGAUGGAUGUUCCUGCCUGGAUCAGCUCUCUAGCGAGUGGGUCAACUUUCGGCUUAGUACGCCCAGGAGACCGACUGAUGUCUCUCGUUCCAUGUAGCCAUGUGCUUGGCUAUAUGGGGCAGAUGUUUGCCCUGACACAUGGGGCUACACUCGUCUACCCAUCUUAUUUGGCCUUUGAUCCACGUACGACGAUCGAUACACUUCGCAAUGUCCCCUGCAAAUACAUAGUCAUGGUAUCAGCGCUGGUGCAUGCCUUCAUCAGUGCGGACCUCAGCUCGACCCCACUUCCUCCGAUUGACACAGUCAUAUUCUCCGGAAUGACACUGUCCACUGCUGUAGCUAAGGAAUUUCAGUCCAGAGUGGGCACGCGAGCGAUCGAGAAUCUAUACGGUAUGACGGAGGGGGCGUUUUGCGCGACCGGCCCAGUGGAAGACCUCGACAGUAUCUCGCGCGACGGCUUCCUGGCCGCCGGGCGUCCUAUGACAGGCUCGACACUGCGUCUUUGUGCUCCGAACAGCACGGAGCCUCUGCCACCUGGUGUGGCGGGAGAGGUGCACUACAGUGGCUACCAAACUGCUCGAGGUUAUAUCGGCGUGCAGAGCGAUUCAUUCUACAUUGAUGCGAUUGGAUGUUACUGGUGCAAGACUGGCGACCAGGCUAUAAUGUACGAACCGAACGGUCUCGUCUACCCUGUUGGUCGGUACAAAGACCUCAUCAUCCGGGGUGGCAAGAACAUAUCGCCCUCUGCCAUCGAGGCGGUACUCAACCAAGACCCGGAAUUGCACCAGCUCAAUCCUCAGGCCGUGCCUCUGCCAGACGCUGUGGCAGGGGAGGUUCCGGUAAUUGUCGUAAAUCGCGAGAUUGAAAAGCCGCAGGUGCAACACAUCAUGCAUCUGAUUCUAACAGAGAUGGGUGCGGCGUAUGUUCCUGAUAAAGUCAUCCCCAUCCAAGCGCUCGGGGCUGCGAACUAUCCUCGCACGACUUCAGGCAAAGUGCAAAAGGUGAAACUCGCGGCCUUGGUGCGUGAGUAUGCUGCCGCCCGGUCCGAUGCCCCUGUGCCAUCGGCAGCUAGCAACCCCGGAGAGUUACGCAAGCGUGUGGUGCAGCUCUGGGCAGAUGUCUUGGCGGCCACGACCGAAGAACUUGAUGUGCAGGCCGCGCUUUCGGAACGUGUUGAUAGUAUCACCUUGAUGCGCGUGCAUUCCAGAGCGAGCAAGCUCACCGGCAGACAUGUCCCCUUCGCGGCUUGGGCAAGCGCCAAAACCAUUGCGGACCAAAUCCUUCUUCUGGAGACUGCUAAUGGCCAACCGGAAGACGCCUAUCCUACUGCUCACAAUGACGUGCACGCUCGGGUUGGGGGACCUGCAUUGGAGGAUAUGGUGCACCUGAUGGGCGACGCCGGCAGACUCCCGGCUACGCAGGCUUUGGUCCAACAAGCCAUUGCACGCUAUCGGCUCACCUGGGAUGAUGUUGAAGAUGUCUUCCCGGCCACUGAUUUCCAACACAUCAUGCGCCAGGCUCACUUAAUUGACUACUGGGAAUUCUUCGUCUGCAUACACACACGGGGCCAUUCUGUUGCAGAGCUGCGCAAGGCCCUGGAGGUUACGUUACCACUUCAUCCCAUGCUGCGAUCCUUUGUUGUGCAAGGUGAGACAUCCCAGACUCUGCUGGUGACCGUCCGCCCGUCACAAUCAAUUCUGGAGCGCAGCAUUGUCGACUACGGCGAGGUUGCGACAUUGGCCGAUGUGCACGACUUAGUGGUCAAUUUUCCACAAGAGCAUCGGAUCUCCUUACCAGGACCUUUGUUCUGCGGAUUGAUGGUGUACGUAAAGGAGAUAAAGAGUGCCGUCCUCGUUGAAGAUUUCUGCCAUUCUGUCAUGGAUGCGACAUACCAUGAAAUCUUUGAGGAUGACCUAGAGCUCGCGCUGAGCGGGCAGCCACUUCGUGCGCAUGCUUCAUACAAAGCCUGGAAUGAGAGCUAUUACCUGCUGCAGGAUGCUCUAGCUAGCCGACCGGCUUUUGAGUACCAUCUCUCGCAGAUGCACCAAGUGCCGGAUGGACCAGUAGCGCUAUGGCCCACACCUAGCCGCCCACUGAGGACUUUAUCCGGACAAAAAUCGGAAGGGUUGUACCUGCUGGGGUUUCAGCUACCGACGUUGAUGUCUCUGCACCAGCACCAUCCGACUCUGAUGACAUCAGUGGUCCUCAAGACAGCCCUCGCCCUGUUAGCCAUCUUCCACACCAAGCACUCGGAGAUGCUACUCCUCAAUGUUGAAGCAGCACGGGGGCGAUUCCCCUUUCUGCCGUCCUCCUUUCCGCGUGAAGGCCCGCUCGACGGGGCUCGCGUUGCCGGGCCUACACUGACAGGCAACGUAGAGCGGAUCACCUAUGAUCCAAACGAGACAGUACUGCAAUUGCUUUAUCGCGCCCAAGCCCAACAAGCUCUGAUAACGCGUUACGCGAACGCACCGUGGAGGCGCAUUCUUGAGGAAUUGCCUCGUAUGAAAGACCUGUACCCUGCAGUAGCUGAUCACUUGAUCUUCAACUGGACCGGGACAACGACCUUCAAGGCAGACGACAAGAGACGCCUGCACGAGCAUAUUCAGCGGCAGGAGAUCUUCUUUCAGCCUACUUGUGGCUUGAUGGUCGAUGCUGGUGCGUCCGGCAAGGACGGUACUGAUCUCUGUGUCUCCCUCACUGGCGCGGUGGCGAAUAACUCGCUUGACUGGAUUCGUGACAUUGCCCAGGGACUGCAGAAGAUUACGACGUGGCUGACGCAGGAGGAAAAUUGGGGGCGUCCGGUUAGAUUCUUUUCUGAGUGUCUCUAG